AAAAUCACACCUACUCCCCCAGCACAAGAUUCUGCCGGCGCCCUAAAGUUCACCAUCGCCGUGGUCCUUGUUUACGGUGUGGGGGUCAUUGGACUUCUCGGCAUAUCUGCGCGCCGGAACCGGGCGCGUAUCUUGAUGGACAGGGAGGUCCACAAAUACCUGAAGAGACAGGUCAGCAGAAACGGAAAUGACUACAGCAAACCAGCGAAAACACAGAGGACAAUCAACAAGCUCAUCACCUCUCUUCAUUUCGGCGUCCGUUCGAAGAACUCCCUGAAAAAUUCCCCUUCUGGAAAGUCAAUGACGUCACCAGACUACUUAAAAGUCCACACAACUAUCCGUAAAUCACACACAUGGUCCGGCGAGUUCGUCAUUUUACCAACACUCCAUGAACAGGAAGUUUCCAACUAUUCUUCUUCCGAAGAGAGCUACAAGGAAACUUUCACAAACAUUCUGGACAAAGAGGACGAAGAAUCUGGAUCAGCGUCCAAAUCGUUAGAGUUAGAUCUAUGUGGUUCGGUUGAAUCGAUAAGCUCCGUCUCAGACGACUAUGAAGACUGUCGUGAUGUUUUUCAGUCGCAAAAAGAAAUGAAUUUUACGUCUAUGAUGUGACGGUAGCCUACUUUAGGAUCUCACAGGUGUGUUCUGUUACUCGUGAUUAGAUCUCUACAUCAUAAUAUUAAUAAACUGGUCUCUACCUCAUAGUCAUAGCAGCAAAAAUUAUUAUGAAUUAUAAGGCAGCAAUUUCAUGGGGAAGAGAUAUAGGAACCGAGAGCGCUUCGUUCAUAGAGCCUUCACGAGAAGCAUUACAUUAUAGGAAUUUGAUGUAUGGUCUAACAACUCUAUCGAGAAAAAAAAACGACACCAAAAAACAUGCUUUCUUCAGUGACGCUCAAAUUUCUUACUACAACAUGUAUUCAACACCACAAUUUUCUGUACAACCCAUAUAAUCGUGAACGUGAAGACAACAUGCACGACCUACAAUAGUUACCCUCCCAGUACUCCCAGCGAAAGAUCUAAUUAAAUUAUGUUCGUAAAUAAUGGGCAUCUUUGCCAUUGAGCAAUGACUGCUCACUGUACAUCUUAAGUGUGAUGUUAAAGUUAAAUCUAUUUGUCAACUUGAGGAAGGCGCACCAUGGAAAAUAUAUUUAUACCUUUUCAUAAUAUACAUGUACAUGUAUUUGUCUACUGAAAUCAUGUACUAGUUCAUGUACGUAAGACUAAGACGUAGAGUACAUGAUAGUUAUUUCUCAUAUCAUGUAUAGUACAUAUAGCCAUAUAUAUACAUGUUGAGUUACGAUGUGCAUACAUUGUAUUGUCCUUUGUUAGUUUGAGUAAACUUUGAAUGGGGCCUCUCGUGGCCUAGAG